AUGAAGCAGACUUUGAAAAUAACUGUUCUUUUUGCUUGCGUGUUCCUCAUCUGCGGACAAUUUGAUGGGCUAAAUGAGCCUCCACCUGAGGACGACUACGUCCCUCCCACCACUAGCACUAUUGCUCCAACUGAGCCACCAAAUGUUCCAUGUCCUCGAGAUAAGAUGGCAACUUAUCCAUGCACUUGCGUAAAAGGUGGAACCGAAGGACUGAAAGUGAUUUGUGAGAAUGCCAACUUGGCAAUGAUGUCCUUAGGACUGGGAAAUAUCAAAGACAAGUUGAUUAGCAAUCUUCUCAUGACGAAGAAUUAUGUCAGAUCGUUGAAGGGGGGAAUAUUCCAUAAUAUGACAAUAAUGAAUUUAGAAGUCAGUUACAAUAAGAUUCAAGAUAUUCACGAAGACUCUUUUAAUACACUUGGUGACUAUCUUUUAACUUUAAGUCUAGAAGGUAACAACCUUAAGUCUGUUCCUGCUAGUGCCAUUAAUAAACUAAGCAAGCUACAGUAUUUGAAUCUUGCUAAUAACCAAAUAAGCGUUAUACCUGCAAAUGCCUUCAGUGGUUUGGUGAAUGUUAAAGAACUGAGACUUGACAACAACCAAAUCACGAAAAUGUUUCCUGGAGCUUUUAAUAACAUUCUUAGAUCACUGGAAAAAUUACACUUGCAUCACAACAAGCUGCAGAAGUUUGAAAGAAAUGUCUUCAGGCAGAUGUUAAAGUUGAAAUAUUUAGAUAUUUCUCAUAACGAUUUUAGCAAAUUUGAUAAGAGAGACUUCACCGAUUUAACAUUUCUUUGGUUUCUCAACGUAUCUGAUAACCACUUGAAUGAAAUGCCCAGAUCUGCUUUGGCAAGAAAUGCACAAUUAAGAGUUUUCAAUGCAUCCAACAACAAAUUUAAAGAAAUAGAUUCCUACUUACUUCGAGGUUUGCGAUUUUUAAGGGAUUUGUAUCUGGCUGGGAAUCAAAUCAAAACAAUCGCUAAAAGAGCUUUGAUUAUUCCAACGCGGCUAAGAACUUUAGAUUUGGCUAGAAAUGUAAUGGAAGAUCUUGGUUAUGAGAUGUUUAAAGAUAUGAGCUGGUUAGAAAGGUUAGAUUUGAGCUACAAUAAAAUUUCCCGAAUUGCCAGUUCGAGUUUUCAGCGCAUGUUCCAGCUUGUUGUAGAUUUAAGUCACAAUAACAUAACUUACAUAGGAAAAGGAGCUUUCAUCGAAAUGUCCAACGUUACGGUAUUUGACCUAUCAUACAAUUCAAUAUCCGAAAUACUUCCAGAGACUUUCCAAACGAGUGACGUCAAUGUCCUUUUGCUGAAUCAUAACAACAUAACCGACUUAUCCAAAAUUCUCAUCACAAAUUUAACAGGAAUAAAAAUUUUCAAUGUGAGCCAUAACCGCAUUGAUAAGAUUGAUCGCAAAUCUUUCUCUACUAAGAAAUUAUACGAGUUACACACCAUUGAUUUGAGUUACAACAACAUAACAGAAGUCGGUGGAAAUGCUUUUGAAAAAUUUGGCAGCGUAAGAAAUAUAAUUAUGCAUCAUAACAAUAUCAAGAAAAUUGGAUACGGAAGUUUUGGAACUUUAUCAACACUUUUAGAACUAGAUAUUAGCUACAAUAACAUCACGGAAAUUACUUCUGGUGGGUUUACAAACUUGGUAUCUGUUCGAACCAUAUACGUUCAAAACAAUAGAAUCAAAAACAUGUUCAUCAUACCAAUUGCUUUGAAUGAAAUUCACGUUCAAAAUAAUUCCAUUUCUAGAAUACCACCAGGAAUCUUCCCACCAAUGAAUUCAUUGUUACAUCUUUAUUUGGACAGUAACAACCUCACUCGAUUAGAAAGAGGUUCAUUUAGAGGGUUACUGACCCUCAGGACUCUGUCUCUGGGAAAUAACAGCAUAUCUGAAAUUCCAUGGGAAGCUCUAGAGGAUAUGAGAUCUCUUCAGUACCUUUACUUCCACGAAAAUAACAUUUCCACCCUCAACAGAAAAGCGUUUGGAAAUCUUCCAGUUGUGUUCGACCUUCGUCUGGAUCAUAAUGACAUCCAGACUGUUACUCCUAAAGCAUUUGAGGGAAUGUUGCAAUUGAUCUCAUUGAACAUGAGCUACAACAAUAUAUCUUACAUCCCGCCCUCAGCAUUUGAAGGAUUGGUAUCCCUCCGAAAUUUAGAUAUAUCCCACAACAGGAUAUCCACUCUUGAAAAUAAAACUCAUGGGGUGUUAGAAGAUCUGUUAUCUCUCGAUUCGUUCAACGCUUCCCAUAAUUACCUAUCUUUUAUAUCGGACAGAUCGUUUCCAAAAUCACCUUAUAUUCCAUACAAAAUAAGACACGUCGACUUGAGCCAUAACUUUAUACCUAUAAUCACCAGCACUUUCGAUGAUGGUUUGACUAAAGUAGAAGUUCUUAAGCUCCAGAAUAACAUUUUAAAUGAAAUUAGAUCGGAUGUUUUGAGCAAUCUGACUUAUCUUAGACAUUUGGACAUGUCAGGAAAUCAACUUCAAAAGCUUUCUACUAAGACGUUUGGAGUUUUGGAAGACAUCGAAGAGUUGAUUCUGUCCAACAAUCGAUUAGCUUCCAUUGAUGUAGGAGAGGUACUUGCCAUGAAGAAGUUGAAGUUACUUGAUUUGAGGAAUAAUCGUUUUUCUUCGUUUUACGAUGACUUUAUUCCAGUAAUGAAAGAAAAUUUUACUGUGCUUUUUAGUGGUAAUUCACUGAACUGCGACUGCCUUCUUCGGCCCCUGAAAUCUUGGAUCAAUAACCAACCGAAUGUAACUGCAUGGGAUGACGUCACUUGCCAACAGCCACCUUUAUUGGCUGGUCGUCGCUUGACUACUAUGGACGUCGACGAGUUUAUAUGCAAGGGAAUCGCUUCUGUGUCGGAAAAAGUUAUCAAACCUGACAUAAAAAUCCGAGGCAGUGAAGUAACAAAGGAUCAUAAACUGAGAGUCGUUUGGUAUGUUUCGACGAGGGAGGAUGUUGCUGGAUUCAAGGCCACCUUAAAGAAUCAGAGUGGAAUUCCGGUGCAGGUGGAAGAAGUGCCUUAUGACAGAAGGGAACACACUUUUGGGGAUUUGCAACCUCAGGAAGUGUACCAACUAUGCUUCGUUGCUGUCGACUCUUUAGGUCUGGAUAGAGAACCUUUUGACUCGCAGUGUACCCAAGUAGGACCUGUUGGAUCUGCUCAAUUCGUUAGAGUUUCUCAAUUUAGUGGAUUGAUCAUUAUUUUGAUGUGUCUUGCCGUUUUGUUUUUCAGUUCAAUAGCAACUGAAAUUUGAGAAACUGUUACGUUCCUAUUAUACAUUAGUAGCUCGUGUCACAUUGAGAACCAUUUUAUUAUAACAAGAUCCUUUAUAGUUUUAUGUGGUGCAUUGUUUUAAGAAAUAGUUUACUUAAAAAGCUGAAUUAUAAGUUUUCCAAGGUAAAUUAAGUGUGAUUUGUUCCUCUAAAAAUCUGUCAGGACUAUGUAAUUGUUUGUGCCAAAGUUUGUAUGAUCACAAAAGCAAGAUUUCGUAGCAUUUUUAAAACUUGAAAUUCAGUGCAUUUGUCCUGAAAAACUGAAGCGUUUUGAAGCACAUAGUACUGGUCACAUUUUUCUUUGAAAAAACAACGCUGUUAAUCAUGUUUUGUAAUUUUUUUGCAAUGCGUCAACAAGAAAUCAAUGUUAAUUGGAAAUAUAUUGGCACAUUGAAAAUAUCUCACGAAUCAUAAUAAAAGAUGUUUUUUAUAAAAUACUAAACAAGUGUGCGAAAGAGAUUCGUAUGAAAGUUUUAAAUAAUAAAGUGCAAUUCUUCCUCCGAAAAUUUAUUUAUUAAACAACUAAAAUCUAUAACAACUAGGAAUUAAAAAGAAUUAGGAGGAAUUUUUUGUCUGAUGUAUUAGUGAAUUAUCUUCUUAAACAGAGAAGCGUAGUAAAUAUACUGGUGAAAUUUUCCUUUUCAAGCCUUUUUAAGUUUCGCAUAAAUAAUCGAAAAGGCUUUAAAAUUAUGUCAUGCUUUUAAAAAACACAACAAAAAUCAUCUUUUACGAAAUAACUUGAUUACUCAAACUUCAAGUUAUUGAAUAGUUUCCAAUGAACACGUUCCACACCUAUAUUAUACUCCUAAUAUAACUUAAACAUAAAAAAAUCAUAUCUUUUAAUGUUAAAAAUUUUAAAGUGCUGGAUAACAUGUCUGUUUUCUUGUUAUUCCAUCAGUAUACAAAGUAUGAACGCUCUCUAAUGCUAAACACCGCAAACGAAUGUCAUAAUGACAGAUAUUUAUCGUUUAAGGUAUAAUAGUAAUCUACGUGUUUCUCAGCUUACAAAGCUUAUUGGAUGAAAUUUAUUAUUGUUUUGGAGUCAGCAUUGCACUUAUUCAAAAAUCUGAAAAAUAAUUCUUCUCGUGAUAAAAUUCGUUUUUAUUUACUCAUAUCUGUAUUUUAAAACAAUUUUAAUAUUCAUUUGUAUUUUAACUUUAUCUGUGAUAUGUAAAGUUUUAUAUCUGACAUGAAUAAAUUUAUUUACAA